AUUGACCACACUCUCUCUCCCUUUCUCCAAUAUUAUUCAAAAAAAAAAACAAAAUUCCGUUUACUAAUUUUUAUUUUAUUACAAUUCUUUAUAAAAAAAUAUAAGAAAGAGGUUGUUUUUGUGUUCACAUGUGGUGUAUAAAUACAUAGAAGCCUCAUCGUCUCCAAAUCCAACUCCAAACGAGAAAGGGAAGAAGCAAUUCACCGUUAAAACUAGUUUCAUUUUCUUUUCUUUUCUCUUUUUUUUUUCUUUUUAAAAAAUGACUUCAUGGAAGAAAACAAUUGCAACGCCAUUCAAGAAAGCGGCGACGUUCUUUAACCAACCGCAGCAAACGCCGCACAACCGCCACGCAAACGCGAAGGCGAGAGAAGAACACGAGAGACGAACUGUGAAGGAGCUUCAAGGUGACGUCAUGGCUUGUGGCUAUGAAGAUGUCCUCGUCAUGUGGUCAAUUCUUGACAAGUCAAACUCUUCAAACAAUCUGUCUUCUUAAUUAGUUUCUUACAACGAAAAAUGGGAAAGUGUUGUCCUCUCGUUUUUCACGUGUAUAGCUUUGUAUUAGCCCGCCAUGUCUCUCUUCUUUCUGCUUAUCUUUAUGUGGUCGCGGCUUAUUUGUUUUCUUUUUUAACUUAGAUUUUAGUGAACUUUUAUCCGAUAAUUAGUUUGAUUCGGAUGUUGUUAAUCCCUGUGAUGAUCUAAUCGAAAUUACAGUGCGAUUUUUCAUUUGGUUUGAAAUAAAAUUAAGUCUUUUGAUA